AUGGAUCGUGCCAAAAAACGUUUAGCAUCAGCGCUGGAUGGUUUCAGGAGUCAACAUAAAUCGGAAAUGGAACUAGAAGAGAAGAUAACUGCUGAAGAUGUUUGUUUGACAGGAAUCGUAAGGCAUGGAUUUCCAGACGACCCACGAUGUAUGGCUUAUGAUGUCGUACAACGAUUACUAGCCAUAGGCACUGGCCAUGGAAUAAUCAGAGUUAUCGGAGAUGUUGGAGUGGAUUAUUGUUUGAAGCAUGAAUCAGACGCUGCUGUGCUUCAUAUACAAUUCUUGACCAAUGAAGGAGCACUAGUUACUGCAUGCCGUGAUGACCUGAUACAUUUGUGGAACUUUCGGCAAAAGGUACCAGUGAUAUUGCACAGUAUACAGUUAACGAAGGAGCAAAUUACCUGUAUCAGCCACUCUUUCCAAAGUAAAUGGCUUUAUUUGGGGACCGAACGUGGUAAUGUAUAUUUUGUUAAAAUAGCCACAUUUACCUUAUCUAGUUACGCUAUCAACUGGAACAAGGCCAUUGAUUUAGGUGUUCGUACUCAUCCUGGUGGUGUAAAAGCUAUUUCUACCUGCCCCACCGAACUUUCUAAAUUAUUGAUUCUAUAUGAAAAAGGGAGUAUUGUAUUAUGGAACCUUCAAACGAAAGAAGUGGAGAGAUUCAUAUCUGAUCAUCCAGCUCGUUGUUUUGCAUGGCAUCAUGAUGGCCGACAGUUUAUGUGUGGUACAGCUGAUGGAUGCUUGUUGGUUUGGAAUAUUCGAAAGCCCGGAGAAUAUAUACAAAAAUUGCAACCUCAUGGACAGAAGUGUAAUUCUAUUAAUCAGGUUGAUUGGAGGCAUUCAGCAGAUGGAGAACAGUUAAUUAUUUUUGGUGGUGGCAUGUCACAGGAAGAUGGCGUAUUUUCCUCUUUAACCAUAAUGAGAGCAUCAAAAUCGAUUACAGUUUUGGAAUUAGACCAUCCUUUGAUAACCUUUACACCUCUGAAUUCUUCACCUUAUAGCAGUGUAUCACAGCAACCUUCUAGUGUUGCAGUACUAAUGAAGAAUGAUUUGCUUGUUAUCGAUCUAACUAUUCCAGGCUAUCCUUGCCAUGAAAAUGUUACUCCUAUGGAUAUUCAUGAAUCACGGGUACGAUGUAUAUGUUAUUUUUCUAAUUGUCCUCUUGAUUUACUUGGUGCCCUAGCACUUGUUGGUUCGAAACAGCGGCGUCAAGGAUUUAGUGAUAAGCCAUGGCCGAUCACAGGUGGAAGUGGACGAGAUUGUGCAAUGGGUCAUCAAGAAUUAUUACUUACGGGCCAUGAAGAUGGAUCUAUAAAAUUCUGGCAAGCAUCGGGUGAGCAUCUUCAAAUCUUGUACAAAUUAAAAAGUGGGCGACAUUUCGAACGAAAUGAUGGAUUGGAAUCUCAUGAAGCAUCACAUGCUGUUACGAUGAUUGAAUUAUGUUUGGAUUCACGAUUACUGCUAGUUGUCGCACAAAGUGGACAGUUGACACUAUUUCGUUUUGUAAAAACUGAGAACGCUCAUGAAAUUACUGUAAUUAAUAUUCCAUCUACAUUUUCUUUUUUAUCGGGUAAUGUGGAAUCGAAUAAAACAUCUCCAAAGAGAGAAUUAAGAAGGCAGGGAACGGCAAUCUCAGUGGAAUCAAAUAGUACAGAUACCAGUGAAGGUAGCACAAAUGAUGGUUAUUUUCCAUUGAAAGUGAAAGGUGGAGUGCUCAGAAGACUUGCUGGAUAUCAGCCAGAUUUGGUAUGUAUGGUUCCGUGGAGGAAUGCGUCACAACCGGAGACAAUUACAGCAGUUGCUCUCAAUUCAGCAUACGGCAUUAUUGCACUUGGCACAUCAUCAAGUUUAACUCUGAUUGAUUUGGUGCAGUAUAUCAUAAUAUGUUCGUGGUCACUCGCUGAUCUAUACAUGCAGCAGCAUUCAACACCAAUAUUGCUUAGUCAAAACAGCAAUUCAAGCCAAUAUGAUCCAUUUGUCGUAUCAUCGCAGCAACAAGAAACUUCCACAACAAAUGUAUCUUUGGAAAUGGAUACCAUAUAUUCAGGAGAUAUUUCAGCUAAAUGUGCUACGCCAAAAGGAGCUAAAACUACAUCGCCGAUACAAUUGCGACCUUCCAAUAAAUUGUCGCAUCGUCGAAAGCUUUUCAAACAUAUGACGUUAGGCAAAACAUUUCUUGGUCGGACAGCAGAUGGAAAUGAAAAAAUGAAAACAAUGGAAACAAUAACAACAGAAAACAAGGAAACAUUUACAUGCAAACAUACCUCGCCGCACAAUUUAGAUCACAAAAAACGUUUUCAAUUGGAAAGUACAUCUGUGCGAAGCAAUGAAAUCUUAAGAGCGGAAGAUUCGGAAGGAGUUCGGGAGGUUGAUGUAAACUGUUUGAUCGACAAACUUCGUGUCAGAAGGAAAACUUUUAUUCGAUCAUCAACGAUACAUACGUCAACAGCCUCUGAUGAACAGUUCAAAUCAAUGUCGGGUUCGAAAAUAACAUUAGGUAAGAAAUCAGCAUGCAUACCCUAUUUUUCGCUUUUCAUUUUAAUGCUUUGA